ACUAAGACAUGCGCUGAAUAAUCCAGUGGGAUUGCGACAUCGGACAUCCUGAGAUACUCCUAAUUAGCCUGUUGGCGGUGGGUAUAUAUAGGGUGGAAAUAAGGCGUUUCCUCGCACACUACCUCAGCAUGCAGCCUCCAGCGAACAAGCCUGCACCCGCUAUCCCGUACUUCACCCCUGCGCAGAUUCCUGCUGCAGGUACAGCAUUUGACCCCCAGCCUGAUGGAAUUCCUAUACCAAAAUUAUUCCAGCCCCUCAAGAUUAGAGGGACGACAUUUCACAACCGUAUUUUUCUAUCUCCACUGUGUCAAUAUUCUGCAGAUGACGGUCAUCUCACGUCCUGGCAUAUGGCGCACCUGGGCGGUAUUUUCACCCGAGGUCCCGGUCUUUGUAUCAUCGAAGCCACAGCUGUCGUCCCAGAGGGUCGCAUCACCCCCGAUGACGCGGGACUCUGGAAAGACAGCCAAAUCGAGCCCCUUCGCAAGAUAGUCGAGUUUGCCCAUUCACAAAAUCAAAAGGUUGGCAUUCAGCUUGCCCACGCCGGCCGGAAAGCAUCUACCGUUGUGCCAUGGUUACAUGGGGGUCUUACAGCAACCGAGAGCAUAGGAGGAUGGCCAGACGAUGUAUGGGGGCCUUCUAUGGUUCCUUUCAGCGACACCUUCCCAGUGCCUAAGGAACUAUCAAAGGCGCAGAUCAAGGCGGUUGUCGUCGCAUUUGUAGAAGCUACGAAACGAGCGUUGAAAGCUGGCAUUGACGUCAUCGAGAUUCACAACGCACACGGUUAUCUGCUGUGCUCUUUCUUGAGCCCCGUCAGCAACACGCGCACAGACGAAUAUGGCGGAAGCUUCGAGAAUCGCAUUCGCUUAACUCUCGAGAUCGUGGAUGCUAUCCGUGGCGUCAUUCCUGAAGAUAUGCCUCUCUUCCUGAGGAUUUCUGCGACUGAUUGGCUCGAAGAAGCACUUCCGAAUGUUCCAUCAUGGCGUUCCGAAGAUACCGUCAAACUCGCUGGUAUUCUUGCCGAGCAUGGCGUUGACUUCCUCGACGUCUCGACCGGUGGCAACCACUCAAAAGCCAUCGUGAAAGGCGGUCCGGCAUAUCAAGCGCCGUUCGCAGAGGCAGUCAAACAAGCUGUGGGAGAUAAGCUUGUCGUCGGGACUGUCGGAUCGAUCACCAAUGGCAAGAUUGCCCAAGAAGUGCUUGAUAAAGGUCAAGCUGAUGUCGUCUUGGUCGGACGACAAUUCCAAAAGAAUUCCGGCGACUGUUUGGGCUUAUUUGCGUCGGACGUUGGCGUCGCGAUCAAGAUCGCGAACCAGAUUGGAUGGGGCUUUGGCGGUCGAGGAACCAGUCGGAAGAAGAUUGACUGGUGAUCGUUGUCAAUGUCAUAAACCUUUCGUGUUUCUGUCACCAGUACCUAAGUCUUGUUAUUGUUUGAGUCGGGCCUCAAUUCUGAGACGUCUGACGAUUGCAAUGACUCGAAGUCUUGCCAAUCGCGAUUAGAGAGGGACGAAGACCUUGGAUAACAAAGUUAGUUCAAGCAAAGUACCAGCGAUGCAAAGUUCCAUCGAACCUUCCACGCCGUCUUACUGCCACCGCUAUGCCAGCAUAGUAAAU